AUGUGGGAAGAUGAAGAUAAUUCUCCCCCACCUCCUCAAAUUCAGAAAAGCAGAAGAGGUCAAUCUCAAAAUCCGAGGUUUAAAAGAUCCAGAAAUCUUCAAAAAGCUGAAAAUAAAUUCCCUGAAAACGAUGUUAAGCGUACAAAUGAAAUAUAUGAUGACCCUCAAUAUCUAGUAGAACAAAAAGCUCAAGUUCUUGCUGAAAUUUAUCAAAUUGAACAAGAAAUCGAGCCAUUACAAAAGAAACUUGAUCAAUUACAACAAUCACAUCGAGAAAAGAUAGCAGACAGUGUUAAAUUCCGUCGUCGUUUUGAAAACGAUUCUAAAGCUAUUGAUGCAGAAGAAAACAGAUUUCACAAAUCUGAAGAACUUUCUGAGCUUCAAAGUCAAUUUAAAGAAAUAGAUAAUCAGUACACAUUCUUAGCAUCAUAUUUCACACCGGAAAAUGAUAAGAAAUUCAAGGCUGAGCUUGUUAUGCAACGACAAGUUUUUGGAUUGCUUAAAAAAGAAAUCAAUGAUGCAAAUAUCAAGCUAAAUAACAUAUACAAGCAGAUAACAGACCCUCGCCUUACCGAAAAUGUUGAAAAAGCCAUGAAAAUGACCGAAGAACAGAAAAAUUUGGAGAAAAAACUCAAAAAAUUACAGAAGAAACAAAAGGAAAUACUCGAUGAGCGCAAGAAGCAAAAGAAGCCAAAGAAAUCUAUCGAAGAUCUUCAAAAAGAACUUGCAAGAGAGGAACAAAGACUAAAUACAGCUGUAAUCUCAAGAAAAAGGUUACAAGCGGAACUUGAUUAUUAUAAACCUAAGCCUGUACAGACUAUUAAUCAAAAUGAACCAUAUACAACCGAAGCAACCAAAGCAAUUCCAGAAAAUAAUUCCGAUUUCGAUGAAGAAGAGGUUAUUGCAGAGAAGGAAUUCGAUAACAUUGAAGAAGAGGAUGAUUUUGAAUCAGAAACAAAUAAGAAAGAAAAAUCCAAAGAAUCUGAAAAAGAAUUUGACUCAGAUAGUGAAAAAUCAGAUCAUAAAUCAGAAGGAAAGGAUGAUUUUUCAUCAGAUUCGAGCAAAGAUGAAAAGAAGAAUGAUUCUGAUGGUGAAUUUGAUUCUGAUAAAAAAGAAUCUAAAAAGAGUAAGUCAGAUGAUGAACAUUUAUCAUCCUCAAGUCAUAGAUCCGAUAAAUCUGUUUCUAAAUCCCAAGAAAAUGAAUCUGAGAAAAAUAAUACCGAAAAAGACGAAUUCUCUUCUGAUUCAAGUAAAGAAGAUAAAGAUGAAGCAAAGAAUACUUCAUCUGAAUUUGAUUCCGAUCAAAAAGAAAAGAAUGAUUCAUUUGAUUCGUCAAACGAAGGAAAACAAGACAAUCACAAUGAAGAAUUUUCAUCAAACGAAGUUAAGAAAGAAGAAAUUCAUGAUAAAACUGAAGAAUCUUUUGAGAAUUUUUCAAGUCAUGAGAAUAAAGAAGAUUCUGAUCAUAAUAGCAAUAAAUAUGCUGAAAAUGAUGAUUUCGAAUCAGAUCCUCCAGAUACAAAGCCAAAAGAAUCAAAACAAGAAGAAGAUAACCAAAAAAAUGAAAAUUUUGAGAAGGAUGAAUCAAAAAAUAGCCUAUCAUUUAAGCAAAACAUUGAAGGACUUCUUGAUGAUCUCAACCCUGACAACGAUUCAUUUGAUUCCGAAAAUUGA